GGCGUAACAGAGUUCCUGCAACUUUGCGCAGGUUGGGGAGCUGUACAGGCAAGUGAUGGUGCGCCUGGCCGUCAGCGGGCGUGGGCAUGGACACGGAACUCACCCACGCGUAAUACUUGCGGAUUGUCGCGGUCGCGCGCGGCGAGGAACGAAGAAUACGUGCGGAAUUCGUUACGAGUUGGAAGACGAGUGUAAAUGAUUGUUGUGAGAUGUGGAAAGUGCACAUGUACAAUGACACGACGAGAGAAGAAUCUUGGUGGCAAGGAAGGGUCCGAUGCAGUCCAGUCAUCUACGGUCACCACCGUACAUCCGUCGUCCACAAGAGCAGCCCCGCAAUUGCUAUCAAUCUCGCAUGCAAUCAUCCCACGUGGUUGUACCACGUGGUUAUCUCGUGUACGGCAGUGGGGAAUCCGGCAAUUCCACGGCUUUGGCAAGUCGCGGUCGCGGCAUGCGGCUAAACGACGGCGGUGUCAUGGAUGCAUGCAUGCAUUCUACUCGUGAGGUGAUCGCGCGAUCACGCAGACUCGCUGCGUUUCGAUCUGCGUACCUUGAUACGUCUCCGGGUGCCAAAAAAUCUGCCAUUAUCGUUCCCUCGUGCAUGCAUGCUAUCUGCCAAGCAUCGGCCGAUGCAUAUGCACCGCUUCGGCCGCAGUGGAUAUGGCUGGUUGGCUGGUUGGUCGCUCAUGGCUGGUGAUCCGGCGGAGGCCGAGUGCAAUGUCCGAUGGGACAAGGCCAUGAAGCAUUUACAAGUCUGAGCGGACACCGCUUUUGUAUGUGGACGGCCAACGGAGACGGCCAAGCCAAGAUGUUGCAAGAGAUGGCACAGA